AGGCAUUCCCGGAGCGGGCACCAGGGACCGACGGCCGCAGCAUGACGGGCAAAGCGGGCGCGGCGCUGGCCCCCAGCCUGCCCGGCAAGCCCAAGCCCGACGGCGCGGCCGCCGCCGCCCCGCCGCCGCCGCCCCCCGCGGCGGGAGCCAAGCCCAGCUCCGGGCCCACCCCUCCUCGCUGCACCGGCUUCGGCAUCCAGGAGAUCCUGGGCUUGAACAAGGAACCGCCGUCGCACCCGCGGGCCGCCCUGGACUCGCUGCCCGCCGGGCACCUGCUGGCGGCCCGCUCCGUCCUCAGCCCCGCCGGGGUGGGCGGCGUGGGCAUGGGGCUGCUGGGGGCCGGAGGCAUCCCCGGCUUCUACGCGCAGCCCACCUUUCUGGAGGUGCUCUCCGACCCGCAGAGCGUCCACCUGCAGCCUUUGGCCCGAGCCCCCGGGCAGCUGGACAGCAGCCAGACGGCCAGCUCAGAUUCCGAGGAUGUCUCCUCCAGCGACCGCAAAAUGUCCAAAUCUUCCCUCAACCAGAGCAAGAAACGAAAGAAGAGGCGGCACAGGACAAUCUUCACAUCCUACCAACUGGAAGAGCUGGAAAAGGCCUUCAAUGAGGCUCACUACCCUGAUGUGUAUGCUAGAGAGAUGCUGGCCAUGAAAACAGAGCUGCCAGAAGACAGGAUACAGGUCUGGUUCCAGAACCGCCGGGCCAAGUGGCGGAAGCGAGAGAAGUGCUGGGGCCGGAGCAGCGUGAUGGCUGAGUAUGGGCUCUAUGGAGCCAUGGUGCGCCACUCCAUCCCGCUGCCUGAGUCCAUCCUCAAGUCAGCCAAGGACGGCAUCAUGGAGUCCUGCGCCCCAUGGCUCCUGGUUCAAGAUGGCUUUCCCAUGCCCAGGCGCUUUUCUAAACCCGAAUACCAACAAUUCUUUUUAGGGAUGCACAAAAAGUCUCUGGAGGCAGCGGCUGAGGCGGGGAGGAAGACGGAGGUGGAGCGCCAGGCCCUGCCCAAGCUUGACAAGGGUGACAAGGAAGAGAGGGGCUCGGAUCCCAAAACCGCCAUUUCCCAGGAGGAACUGAGAGAAAACAGCAUUGCCGCCCUCAGGGCCAAAGCUCAGGAGCACAGCACCAAAGUCCUGGGGACCAUUGCGGGGGACACCCCGAGGAAGCCGGAGAAAGGGGAGGAAGUGGCAGAGGAUGAGAGGCAGACAGAGAAGUCCAGUGCAUCACAGAAAGAGGAGAAGCUGAUCUAGGGGGACAGAGGCUGCGGAAGCCAGCCCUGACAGAUACUGUGUCCUCUGGGGGUCACAGCCCCCUCUGAUGGCCAGGUCUGGCACCCACCCAGGGUGUGGGGCCCUGGUUUCUUCACGUGGGGCUACCCCAAGGGUACCCCAGGCUACCCCAGCCUGCUCCCCUGAAGCGCAGCCCUGUCCUUCACUCCUCUACUCUUUGGGCUUUCCUUACCCCAGCCCAUCCCCAUCUCCAUCGUCACCCCCAGGGCAGGCUGCGGCUCCAGGUCCCUCUGGUUGCGGUCCUGGGCCUAGCCUAAGGUACCAUCCAGCCCCCUCCAGGCCGGUGAAGCCCAGAUCCCCUUCACCUCACGCCCCAUCCCGCUGUGUUCCACACCCCAGGGGACCCCACUGCCCCUGGCACGAUGAGCCCAUGGCCCUGUGUGUGUGAAACGCUGAGCUACUUGGCUCUCCCAGCUCAGCACUGACAGCUGCUGGGAUGGGGCUGCUGGUUUGGAGUGGCUGAUUUGUGCCUCCAUUACGUGAGGAAACGCAGGUUUAGCUUGCAGAUGCCAUGCCCCGUUCCCAGCUCACACCUCCAGUGACCUCAGCCUACACCGUCAUCUCCCCCAUACGCACUCGGAGGCCAGUGCCACACACAGCUAAAGCCUCUCAGGCUAGACAACAUUUUCCCAAGGUAUUUAUUGAAGUAAAUUUGCCCUGCUCUCCUUCUGAGCCCUGAAGGGAAUGACAGCCAUGCAGAUGCACCCCCGGCACACACUGUAAUGUGUACAUACGUCUCCUCACUGACCCCAUGUGUGCACGCAGACCCAUGCAGCCAAACCCGCUGUACUUCACAGCAUCCCGUGCUGACAUUGCCCUUCUAUCCCAGCCAGGCACCCUCUCCCCAGAGCUGCUGUUUUUAUUCUGUCAGAAGUAACCCCUUCCAUCCAGCCCCAUCUGUCUUUGUCCCCCGUUUGUUCGACGUGUUAGAUUAUAGCCCACGCUGUGUAAAUAAUGUACAUACAGUGAGAAAAGAAUUCAGUAUUGAGGUGUUUGAGAUAUGGAGCUGUAAUAACUUCUAGUCAUUCAGAACCCGUGAUUUAUGUGCCAUUUUCUGUAAAGAUAUGAACAAGAAUAAAACUAAACUGGAAUACGGUGUGUGAGUCUGGUCACUUUUUCAAGCAGAACGAAUUCAGCCAGAGCUGAGAGGGGCGAGGUUUCAGACCUUACCCAGAAAAACUUCAGUGAGCUCCAAGCAGCACAG